CUCACAAAGUCUUCAACCCCACCAAGCAACAAUUUACCAACCACUCUCUCUCUCUCUCUCUCUCUCUCUCUAUAGAUAUAUAUAUCCUCGGAAUACUCAAAUCCAGUAGGCCAAACAAGUUGAUUCAUUUUCUUCUCUUACCUUUCUGUAAAGUUAACCUUGAAAGAGGGGAAAUGGGUGAUGAACCAUCCACCACCAGCGCCGCCGCUAAUAAGGGUAGUGAAGGCGGUGAGGUGUUCCGAUUCAUGAUACAUGUGGUUCGUGGGCGAUGGUUCUCGCUUUUCGCCUCCUUUCUGAUCAUGGCUGGAGCUGGUGCUACGUAUCUCUUUGGAGUCUACUCCAAAGACAUAAAAUCUUCUUUGGGAUAUGAUCAAACAACCCUCAAUCUGUUAGGCUUCUUCAAAGACCUUGGUGCCAAUGUUGGGGUUCUCUCAGGACUUAUUGCCGAGGUAAGUCCAACAUGGUUUGUACUACUAAUUGGCUCGGCAAUGAACUUUGCAGGCUAUUUCAUGAUAUGGCUCAGUGUCACUGGCAAAAUUGCCAAGCCAAAAGUAUGGCACAUGUGUAUGUACAUAUGCAUAGGAGCCAAUUCUCAGAACUUUGCAAACACUGGAGCUCUUGUCACUUCUGUGAGAAACUUCCCGGAGAGUCGUGGCGCCAUGCUCGGGCUCUUGAAAGGCUUCACCGGAUUAAGUGGUGCCAUCAUGACUCAAAUUUACUUGGCUGUCUAUGGAAAUGAUUCUAAGUCACUGAUCCUUCUCAUUGCGUGGCUCCCGGCUGCGUUAUCGGUGGCGUUUGUCUACACAAUCCGGGAAAUGAAGGUUGCUAGGCAGCCUAAUGAGCUCAGAGUGCUUUAUCAUUUCCUUUAUAUAUCAAUUGCACUAGCAUUGUUUCUUAUGGCCGUGACCAUAGCACAAAAAGUGGUAGAUUUUCCUCAAAGGGCUUAUGCUGGAAGUGCCACUGUGGCCUGUGCCUUACUCUUUGUGCCUCUGUUUAUAGCCAUUCGAGAAGAAUUAGUACCCUGGAACCAAAUGAAACAGCCCUUCAGUCCCAAAAUUACCAUUGAUAAACCUUUGCCUGUGGAGUCAAAACCAAGACCAACACCACAACCCCAAUUUUCCAACCCUGAGCUAAAAGAGCAGCCCAAAACAACAUCUUGUUUUUCUAAUGUUUUCGACAAACCCGAGAGAGGGGAAGAUUACACCAUUUUGCAAGCACUUCUAAGCACAGACAUGCUGAUUUUAUUCCUUGCAACAUUUUGUGGACUUGGGUCUAGCUUGACUGCUGUCGAUAACUUGGGGCAGAUAGGAGAGUCUUUGGGAUAUCCAACAAAAACCAUAAAGUCCUUUGUGUCUCUCCUAAGCAUAUGGAAUUACUUUGGGAGGAUCUUCUCAGGAUUUGUCUCUGACAGCCUUCUUGCCAAGUACAAAAUUCCAAGGCCUCUGAUGAUGACACUAGUCCUUUUCCUUUCUUGCAUUGGCCUCCUCCUCAUCGCCUUUCCAUUUCCUGGUUCAGUUUACGCGGCAUCAGUGAUCAUCGGGUUCUCAUUUGGUGCACAAUUGCCAUUAAUUUUUGCAAUAAUUUCCGAGUUGUUUGGCCUAAAGUACUAUUCAACAUUGUUCAAUUGUGGACAAUUGGCAAGUCCCCUCGGGUCAUACAUACUAAAUGUGAAGGUCACAGGACCUCUUUAUGAUAGAGAGGCAUUGAAACAGCUUACAAAGAAAGGUUUGAAUAGGUCAUCAGUGAAGGAAUUGAUUUGCAUUGGUAAACAGUGUUAUAGGCUUCCUUUCAUAAUAUUGGCUAGUGUUACAUGCUUUGGAGCACUGUCUUCACUGAUUUUGGUUGCGAGAACUCGAGAAUUCUACAAAGGGGACAUUUAUAAGAAGUUCAAAGAAGCAGCAGGGCCGCCAGAGGAAGUACCCAUGGGGGAGAAACAACUAUAGAGGAAGAAGGAAGCUAAAGAAAAUGCAGGAUGAAACCAUUUUGGAAGUUGUUUUCUUGUUUUUGGAAACAAAGAUUAGCUUCUGAAAUUUGAAUUUGCUCUGUUUCUUGGGGAAAGCAUAUAAUGUGUUGUGGCUUUCCUACAAUUGGAAUGUAAUGAAAGGAAAUGUGGAAUUCAGAACUGGUUGCUCUUGAUUUUUCUGUUUCCUGUUUUACGCAAUAUGAAUUGCACCAAAAAUUUUAAGCUCUCGAUCAACUCGUGAAAUGGC